AUGCCGUUCGUUUGCGAAAAAGGGGAGAUUCUGAAGACUACCGCAACGAGAGAGAAAGGGAACUCAGCCCCUACAACAUCGAGACCUGUUUAUGUGCGUGCCAAGGAUUGUGAUAGGCGGUCGUGUUGGUCGCGAUCUUGGUGGCGAUUCUCUUCCUUCUCGCCUUGUGUUGGUGCAUCAAGUCACGAAAAAGGAACGAAGACAGCAUUGAGCGGAAGAACAUCAUUAGAGCCAGUAUCAAACUGCAAAGGAAGGCAUCAGCUCCUCAUCGCAAGCAACUUCCCUCACAUCAGUCAGCCAAAGCCACUCUCAGCUCGUCCACCAUCAACGCCUACGGAGAUCCUUUUAUCACCGAAAGUAUUAGGAAAACACCACAUGGUCGAGCAGCUGCUUCCCGUUCGCCGACGAAACCGUACGGAAACCGUACGGACGGAAUGCUCGGACUCUUUAUCCACUGAUCGCACGUAUGAUCGCCUGAGCUCUAUGGAUACCUCCAGGUGA